AUGGCAAGUGCAGCGCACUGCAGGAGACUGUGAAUAAUGGAUGUGUGUAGAGAUCUCUGGAGGCAGUGUGUGUGUCUCUCACCUACCACAAACACACACACUCCACACUCCCAGCACUUUUGUUUCACACGGCUCAGCUGUACGAACCAAGACCAGGGUGGUGAGUUUAAUUCCCAUGUAUAUGCAGACUCUCCCACUCUCUCUCUCUCCCUCUCCUCUGCAGAGAGCAGCCUAUCUUCAGUACGAGGGCCCAUGUCUUCCAGAUCGACCCCACCACCAAGAAGAACUGGGUUCCCACCAGUAAACACGCCGUCACAGUGUCCUACUUCUACGACAGCACGCGCAACGUCUACCGCAUCAUCAGCCUCGACGGCUCCAAGGUGUGUAUAUUAAAGAUUUGUAAAAGGAGGGGAAGAUAUUAGAGGUUGCACAUGGUUCCCCUCUGAACAAAGGGAUUUUAUGGGGAGCAAAUUAGAGGUGGCACCAGGCUGGCUCCCUCAGGCUCUGGGCUGGUAGAACUAUAGAUCAGUUAGAAUCAAUCAUGGAUUGAUUUAUGUGAAACGCGUGCUUGUGUACUGUACUCCCUCUCACACACAGACGUUGCCCAUUUGAUCGUCCCCUCAUACACAACCAGAGAUUGAGUUGCAGUCUCACUCAACACACACACCCUACAUUUGCCAACAGUGUGUGUGUGUUUCCAUGGCCAACGGUAGCAGCAGCAGCAGCAGCAGAGCCCAUGGGUUGGUAGUGGCGUGGGGGCGUUAUGGCCUCUUAUGUUCUGUACGUCAUAACAACGAUUAUUUUUGUCUUCAGAGGGUUGCAGGGGAGGAGGAACUAUUUCAGCACUGCAACGGUUAUGUAAUGCUCUCCACACACACACACACACACACACACACACACACACACACACACAGAGUCCUCUGCUUCUCUCUCCAUUGCUGUAUAUGUGACCCUUGGUGCUGUGGAGCUACUGUAGCUAGCUAGCGAGUGGGUGAACUCAACUGUGGGGUUACCGUUACUGCGCUGGGCUGGGCUAAGCUUGAAAUACCAGGGUUGGCUGCAGUGUGGUGCUGCCCACCUGCCUGCCGCUCUAGGAUAAACUCGUCAUUAACAUCCACACAGCCCACUGUAAGACACACAUAGACAAACAUAGAACUUUACACACAUAGAAUUUACAUAGAAAGUACAUAGUUACUUUAUCCUGGUGCCAGGCCUGGUUCUAAGGGGGCAGUUGAAAUCGGCGUUCUUGCAUUGGAAUGAUAUUGAAUUCUGCUUAUAUCAUGCUAUACCACAAUAAACAUAAAGUUCACAUGCAGAGAUGCCGAGAUCAUUGAGUGCUUUUGAAGUGACAGGUUGGCGCAAAAUCUGUAGCAUAUCUCCGCUGUGCUGUAUCAGCACAAUGGACAGCGCCCUAAACACUAAAGCAAGGCCGUUAGUAAUGAAUAUAGGCUACAAGAUAGAUAGGGUAAAACACCUAUUUCAAACAACCUAUGUGAAUACAGCCGUAUACACAGCUGUCUUACCAAAAUAAUGCAAACUAAAUGCUGAAUGUAGGAGCCUAUAUAUUCAUGCAUGCGAACAAAAAUACUGAAUAGCAGUUUGGCUUAGAAUAUGCCGGCCUACCAAAAACACGUUUCCAAUACUUACAUUUCUAUUUACAACCACAAAAAUCAAUAGGUUACCAAGAAAAAAACAUCAUAGAAUGUAUAUAUUUCUAUGAUGAAAUAUACCGAUAUGUAGCUAUACCCAGUGGCGUCAUUUGGGUUUUUGCAUUGAAAUUAUAUUGAAUUCUGCUUAUACAGUGAAGGAAAAAAGUAUUUGAUCCCCUGCUGAUUUUGUACGUUUGCCCACUGACAAAGAAAUUAUCAGUCUAUAAUUUUAAUGGUAGAUUUAUUUGAACAGUGAGAGACAGAAUAACAACAACAAAAUCCAGAUAAACGCAUGUCAAAAAUGUUAUAAAUUGAUUUGCAUUUUAAUGAGGGAAAUAAGUAUUUGACCCCUGUGCAAAACAUGACUUAGUACUUGGUGGGAAAACCCUUGUUGGCAAUCAGAGGUUAGACGUUUCUUGUAGUUGGCCACCAGGUUUGCACACAUCUCAGGAGGGAUUUUGUCCCACUCCUCUUUGCAGAUCUUCUCCAAGUCAUUAAGGUUUCGAGGCUGACGUUUGGCAACUCGAACCUUCAGCUCCCUCCACAGAUUUUCUAUGAGAUUAAGGUCUGGAGACUGGCUAGGCCAGUCGUAGUUUUGAGGGGCGGGCAAUUGCUAUGCUGACUGCAGGAAUGUCCACCAGAGCAGUUGCCAGAGAAUUGAAUGUUCAUUUCUCUACCAUAAGCCACCUCCAACGUCGUUUUAGAGCACUGCCCUCACAACCGCAUACCACGUGUAACCACGCCAGCCCAGGACCUCCACAUCCGGCUUCUUCACCUGCGGGAUCAUCUGAGACCAGCCACCCGGACAGCUGAUGAAACUGUGGGGUUGCACAACCGAAUAAUUUCUGCACAAACUGUCAGAAAACAUCUCAGGGAAGCUCAUCUGCAUGCUCAUCAUCCUCACCAGGGUCUUGACCUGACUGCAGUUCGUCAUCGACUUCAGUGGGCAAAUGCUCACUAUCGAUGGCCACUGGCACGCUGGAGAUGUGUGCUCUUCACGGAUGAAUUCCGGUUUCAACUGUACUGGGCUGCAGACAGCGUGUCUGGUGUCGUGUGGGCGAGCGGUUUGCUGAUUUCAACGUUGUGAAUAAAAUGCCCCAUGGUGGCAGUGGGGUUAUGGUAUGGGCAGGCAUAAGUUACGGACAACGAACACAAUUGCAUUUUAUCGAUGGCAAUUUGAAUGCACAGAGGUACCGUGAUGAGAUCCUGAGGCCCAUUGUUGUGCCAUUCAUCCGCUGCCAUCACCUCAUGUUUCAGCAUGAUAAUGCACAGCCCCAUGUCGCAAGGAUCUGUACACAAUUCCUGGAAGCUGAAAAUGUCGCAGUUCUUCCAUGUCCUGCACACUCAACAGACAUGUCACCCAUUUAGCAUGUUUGGGAUGCUCUGGUUCGACGUGUACGACAGUUUGUUCCAGUUCCCGCCAAUAUCCAGCAACUACGCACAGCCAUUGAAGAGGUUUUCUGGUUUUCUGAUCCACGCCUCUACCUUUUUUUAAGGUAUCUGUGACGAACAGAUGCAUAUCUGUAUUCCCAGUCAUGUUAAAUCCAAAGAUUAGGGCCUCAUUUAUUUAUUUAUAUUGACUGGUGUCCUCAUAUGAACUGUAACUCAGUAAAAUCUUUGAAGUUGUUGCGUUUAUAUUUUUGUUCAGUGUAGAUUGUUUCUUACCUUUUCAGAAGAGUUGCAGCCUCCUUGAAGCUCUGUGGAACUUCCUGAGUAAUCGAUCAUUCCAUUCUCCCUGAAAUCUUCUUGUAAGAUCCCCCUCAAAUGCCAGUUGGAUUAGUUGAGCUCUCCUCUGUUGUAGCAUGCUUCUUCUGUGCUGACUGAACACGUUUUUCAAAGUGAAAAAUGAGUUCUCGCAUGUAACUGUGGCCUAGAGAAUCAUUGCAGGAUAUCAAGUAGGGUCCAUUUGUCCUCAUUGGAGCCGGAGCGGGCGAUUUCAGUCUACAAAAACUGGCUAGCAACACUAAACUCAGCUUCCACCAAAUCAGUUUUGCUUAGAUCCAGCAGUGGUUUCACCUUUUUCACAUCUAGAAAGUUAUGGCUCUCUAGGUCAAGGGCACACAAGGUCUCCACCAGUUGGCUGUUGCUUUCGCUGAAUCAUUCUGACAUUUCACCAAUGACAGUAUCCAAUGUGCUGAAGAACAGUCUUUUACACUCAGUCUCUUCUCCUAUGUCCUGCUGGCCUACUGUACUGUCCAACACAUAUUUCUUGCGAUUUGUACUUACAUAACGUCGUCGUUUGCUUGGAGCUGGUGGUGCGUCAGUGCCACUUGGCACUUAACUCUGCCCAAAAAGCUUCGAACUCGCUGUCACACCUCAGCUUCUCAAUGCUCUCCAACGCACUAUGGACCACUUUGACUCCAGUGUAAAGAUCCAUUGCUUUUGCCUGGAGUCGUUUGUUUGGAGGAUCAAGAAGACUGAGGAUUAUGUGCACCAUGGUGGCUGUAAACUUAAAGCCAUGGUCCGUCACCACCUUCAGAAGUCCUUUAGCCUCAAGUCUUACUUCUGUGUUGUAAGAACACGUGCAUUCGAUGUCAGAGAGGAACUUCACAAUGCUUUCACAACUUUUAACAACCACUGACACUGUAGCCAGGUGUCCCCUUCUCCCUUGGCUUUGUUUGGAUACUUUGGCGAAGCCAAAUUCUGAUAUCCAUCGUGGUAGUGGCAGAUUAGCUAGUUCGAGCUAGCUAAAUAGGUUAAGGCUAAUAACACUAAAGCUUUUUACAGCUAGCUAAGAAGCUAUCUAAAAUAUGUUGUGGUAGGGCGUUGAGUGAAGCAGCUUCUACGGUAAACUUGACCCCGCCCUUAUAAAUCAAAAUCAAAUAUUACAGGCGGAGGCAUAUCACGUUAUUCACUUAGCCUAACACAGAUGAGAAGCGUUAUUUUUUAAAAUAGAAAGCCAAGGGAGUCAUACCUAACGGCCCCAGUGGUUUCCAUAGCCCUGCUACACACACCGCGGCGCGCUCUGUGUGAUGAGGUGAUGUCGAAGGAGUCAGGCGCAGGAGGGUAAAUCACAGAAUAACAGGCUUUAUUCCGGAAUUACAGAGUUACACAGAAAUGCGUCAAAACACUCUAGUGUGCAAACAGGCGCACUGGAAAAUACACGGCACACAGGGAAAUAUCCCGGCGAUACAAAAUACACAGAGCUCCACCGAGCUUAACUAUCCUCCACAAUAAACAAUCACACACAAAGACAAGGGGGCAGAGGGAACACUUAUACAGGUACUGAUGAGGGGAUAUGAACCAGGUGUGUGUAAUAAACAAGACAAAACAAAUGGAAUGAUGAGAUGCGGAGCGGCAGUGGCUAGAAAGCAGAGAUACAGAUUUUUUGCGGCAACCUCUCACUCAAUCAUUUUAACUUUCUUGCUAUUUUUAUAUAGGGACAUAAAACUAAAACUGAGGGGGCACAAGUUUCAACUUAUGGGGCUAAGGCCCCUUUCGCCCCCCUUUUCCCCCUUUGCCCCCUUGUGGAUCCGGGCCCGCAUAGAACUAAUAUGCCCCAAGUACUACAAACAGGCUUCAUGUCUCAGAGGCAACAAUACCAGUGUGCCACACCUCAUCUCCCUUACUCCCUCAUCCAACACCCCUCCCUCACCCACCUACCUCCCUCUCUACUUCACCACACACCUCCCACCCCCACCCCCGCCCCCGCCCCCGCCCUCUCCCUCACCCCUCUCCCCUUUCUCCAACUGUGGUCGAUGCCAGUUGAGUCAAUCAGCCUCACUGGGGCCUUCAUUCUCAUUGACUGCUUCUUCUUUACCGAUCAAUGGGGAUGUAACACACACACAUACACACACACACACACAGACUUUCCAUCUGACACAAACACAGAUAGAUAAUACAUAUCCAGUCGUUACUGUUGCUGUAGGCAACCAUCCAGAAUACAAGCCCACUCAUCUUAGACAAAUGGGCUUAGACAUAAAAUGAUCAGCAUUGCUUUUGUGACUCAUAGAACUCUUCUCUCCUUCCCCAGGCAAUCAUCAACAGCACCAUCACCCCCAACAUGACCUUUACGAAGACCUCCCAGAAAUUUGGCCAGUGGGCCGACAGCCGAGCCAACACCGUCUACGGUCUAGGCUUCUCCUCAGAGAACAACCUGCUCAAGGUACACACACACACACACUCAAAUCAAAUCCAAUCCAAUCAAAUUCCAAUGACAUUUUAUUUGUCACGUACACAGUUUACAGUAGGCAUAAAAGGUGCAGCAAAAUGCUUGUGUGCUAGCUCCCUCAGAAUUGCAGUACAAUAAUAUCAAUAAUAGUCCAUUCAAAUAAAAAAUAACAAGUAAUAGAAGAGGUAGUAUGCAAAGUAAUAGCCUGAUAUGUACACAAUAUGAUAUACAGAAUAGAUAGUGUAUGUGCUAUGUCAAGUACUUGGUUGACCACAGGCACAUUUGAGCAGUCUGUUCCACAAGGCAACCAAAAAGAAGGCACUGGCUGUCGUUGGCGACCCCUCCCACCCUCUACACCCUCAGUUCGAGAGGCUUCCCUCUGGCCGGUGCUUCAGAAUGCCCAUGGCCAAGAAGAACGUGUUCAAACAUUCAUUCGUUCCUUGUGCUGUUGGACUACUAAAUGCAAAGUAAAUUGUAUCAGUAUAUGUACUUAUCUAUCCAGUGCAGUUGGGACAGUGGUCGGUUGUGAGUGAAUGUAUCAAUGUCCUCUAUGUUUUUAGUGUAUGCAACAUGAUGGACUGACUGGUUUAAAUGUCUAUGAAGUUGAGAAUGUAUGUGUAUGUGAUCAUUUUAAUGGAAGGUGAUGCCAAAUAAAAAUGUCCAUCCUGGAUGGACAAUAUGUUUUAUUCCAUUAUAUUCUAUUAUAUUCUAAUUACAAUGUAGGGGAGAGUGGGGUAAGUUGAGCCAGAUGGGUAAGUAGAGCCACCCUUGUUUCUAGGAAACUAUACACAAAAUGAAUCACAUGACCAAAUAUUUAGGAAGAGGUCAUCCAUAAGAGGUCAUCAUUUCAUGGAGUCUGUGAAGGAAGAAACCUCUUGGAAAAAGUGGUAAGCAAGUAAGGUCCACAUUUUUUGGGAUUUAUUGUGUUAGAGGUUUCAUGAUGCUUUUAUCUAAACCAAAGUAGAUCAUUUAAAGAUUGUUUUAUACAUCAGUUGGCAUUCUAUAAGCUUCAAUAUGAGCUCCUAAAAGUGCAUCCUUGUAGCUGUGUCGGCUAAUAUAGUAAAAAUGUUUGCCUUGGGGUAAGUUCAGCCAAUGGCCAUGGGUUAAGUUGAGCCAAUGGUUGAGCUAAUGGCAAGUUGAGCAAAUUGAAGUGUUUUCUUCCCAGGCGUAAUGUAAGGCAGCCUCCUUGAAGGAAAGUACAACGUGUGUGUUAGGUGUUAAGCCUGUAAAAGGAUGCUUAAGAUGCUUAAAAUGCUUACAAGACAAAAAGCCAUUGCGAUUGUGUUGAAUUGUGUUUGGGAAAUAAAGAUAGACAUGGUUUUAAAAAGGUAGUGGUAAUAUUUUUCAGUACAGAAAUGUGUAGGCGGCUUAACUUACCCUGUCCCGCGGCUCAAUUUACCCGGGGUAAGUUGUGCCAAGAGAACACAUUUUUCAGUUUUUUGCUAGGGAUACACAACAUUCAGAAAUACAGUGGGGGAAAAAAGUAUUUAGUCAGCCACCAAUUGUGCAAGUUCUCCCACUUAAAAAGAUGAGAGAGGCCUGUAAUUUUCAUCAUAGGUACACGUCAACUAUGACAGACAAAUUGAGAUUUUUUUUCUCCAGAAAAUCACAUUGUAGGAUUUGUAAUGAAUUUAUUUGCAAAUUAUGGUGGAAAAUAAGUAUUUGAUCACCUACAAACAAGCAAGAUUUCUGGCUCUCACAGACCUGUAACUUUUUCUUUAAGAGGCUCCUCUGUCCUCCAUUCGUUACCUGUAUUAAUGGCACCUGUUUGAACUUGUUAUCAGUAUAAAAGACACCUGUCCACAACCUCAAACAGUCACACUCCAAACUCCACUAUGGCCAAGACCAAAGAGCUGUCAAAGGACACCAGAAACAAAAUUGUAGACCUGCACCAGGCUGGGAAGACUGAAUCUGCAAUAGGUAAGCAGCUUGGUUUGAAGAAAUCUACUGUGGGAGCAAUUAUUAGGAAAUGGAAGACAAACAAGACCACUGAUAAUCUCCCUCGAUCUGGGGCUCCACGCAAGAUCUCACCCAGUGGGGUCAAAAUGAUCACAAGAACGGUGAGCAAAAAUCCCAGAACCACACGGGGGGACCUAGUGAAUGACCAUCAAUAACACACUAAGCCGCCAGGGACUCAAAUCCUGCAGUGCCAGACGUGUCCCCCUGCUUAAGCCAGUACAUGUCCAGGCCCGUCUGAAGUUUGCUAGAGUGCAUUUGGAUGAUCCAUAAGAGGAUUGGGAGAAUGUCAUAUGGUCAGAUGAAACCAAAAUAGAACAUUUUGGAAAAAACUCAACUCGUCGUGUUUGGAGGACAAAGAAUGCUGAGUUGCAUCCAAAGAACACCAUACCUACUGUGAAGCAUGGGGGUGGAAACAUCAUGCUUUGGGGCUGUUUUUCUGCAAAGGGACCAGGACGACUGAUCCGUGUAAAGGAAAGAAUGAAUGGGGCCAUGUAUCGUGAGAUUUUGAGUGAAAACCUCCUUCCAUCAGCAAGGGCAUUGAAGAUGAAACGUGGCUGGGUCUUUCAGCAUGACAAUGAUCCCAAACACACCGCCCGGGCAACGAAGGAGUGGCUUCGUAAGAAGCAUUUCAAGGUCCUGGAGUGGCCUAGCCAGUCUCCAGAUCUCAACCCCAUAGAAAAUCUUUGGAGGGAGUUGAAAGUCCGUGUUUCCCAGCGACAGCCCCAAAACAUCACUGCACUAGAGGAGAUCUGCAUGGAGGAAUGGGCCAAAAUACCAGCAACAGUGUGUGAAAACCUUGUGAAGACUUACAGAAAACGUUUGACCUGUGUUAUUGCCAACAAAGGGUAUAUAACAAAGUAUUGAAAAACUUUUGUUAUUGACCAAAUACUUAUUUUCCACCAUAAUUUGCAAAUAAAUUCAUAAAAAAUCCUACAAUGUGAUUUUCUGGAUUUAUUUUUCUCAUUUUGUCUGUCAUAGUUGACGUGUACCUAUGAUGAAAAUUACAGGCCUCUCUCAUCUUUUUAAGUGGGAGAACUUGCACAAUUAGUGGCUGACUAAAUGCUUUUUUCCCCCACUGUACCUAUGAAAAAAAUGACAGACCUCUACAUGCUUUGUAAGUAGGAAAACCUGCAAAAUCGGCAGUGUAUCAAAUACUUGAUCUCCCCACUGUAUAUACUGAGAUCAUGUGACACUUAGAUUGCACACAGGUGGACUUUAUUUAACUAAUUAUGUGACUUCUGAAGGUAAUUGGUUGCACCAGAUCUUAUUUAGGGGCUUCAUAGCAAAGAGGGUGAAUACAUAUGCAUGCACCACUUUUCCGUUAUUAAUUUUUUAGAAUUGUUUGAAACAAGUUCUUUUUUUCAUUUCACUUCACCAACUUGGACUAUUUUGUGUAUGUCCAUUACAUGAAAUCCAAAUAAAAAUCCAUUUAAAUUACAGGUUGUAAUGCAACAAAAUAGGAAAAACACCAAGGGGGAUGAAUACUUUUGCAAGGCACUGUAUGUAGAUAUCUUUUUUAGAAAGAAUACUAUAUUUUAGGGAUGUGCAUCUUUCCCUUCCAAGAUUAUUCAAUACCUAUCUAGCAGGGUUGGGUUCAAUUACAGUCAAUUCCAGUACACUGAAAUUCCAAAUUCCAAUUAUUUUCAAUGCUUUUCAAUGAGGAACAUUUGGAAUUGGAAUUUAGCUUACUUUCUGAAUUGACUGGAAUUGAAAUUGAAUUGACCCCUACCCUGGUAUCUACAGUAAAUACAGUGCCUUGAGAAGGUAUGCUUAACGCUUGACAUAUUCCACAUUUAGUUGUGUUACGGCCUGAAUUCAACAUGGAUUAAACAUAUUACCCCCUACACACAAUACCCCAUAAUGACAAAGUGAAAACGUUUUUUGACAUUUUAGCAAAUUUAUUUAAAAUGAAAUACAAAACUAUCUAAUUUACAUAAGUAUUCACACCCCUGAGUCAAUAAUUUGUAGAAGUACCUUUGGCAGUGAUUACAACUGUGUGUCUUUCUGGGUAAGUCUCUAAGAGCUUUCCACACCUGGAUUGUGCAACAUUUGCUCAUUAUUCUUUUCAAAAUUCCUCAAGCUCUGUCAAAUUGGUUGUUGAUCAUCGCUAGACAACCAUUUUCAGGUAGAUUUUCAUGUAGAUUUAAGUUAAAACUAUAACUCGGCCACUCAGGAACAUUCACUGUUUUCUUGGUAAGCAACUCCAGUGUAGAUUUGGCCUUGUGUUUUAGGUUAUUGUCCUACUGAGAGGUAAAUGAAUCUCCCAGAGUCUGGUGGAAAGCAGACUGAACCAGGUUUUCCUCUAGGAUUUUGCCUGUGCUUAGCUCUAUUCCGUUUAUUUUUUAACCUGAAAACAGAUAGCUGUGUGCCUUUCCAAAUCAUGUCCAAUCAAUUGAAUUUACCAGAGGUGAACUCCAAUCAAGUUGUAGAAACAUCUCAAGGAUGAUCAAUGGAAACAGGAUGCACCUGUUUUCGAGUCUCAUAGCAAAGGGUCUGAAUACUUAUAUAAAUAAGGUAUUUCAGUUUCAGGUCUGAAUACUUUCCGAAUGAACUGUAUGACAGACAGUUGUUGGUUGGAGCAUGUCUCUGGGGCAGCUGAGCCGGAGGAGAGUUAAUUAAUCCUGCUAUAGGAGUCAUUGCGGCCAGCAGGUCAAACGAACGACUAAAAUGAACAAGUCACUCAGAAAAACGAGUCAGUAAAAAGAGUCGUUCAAAAAUAACGAAUCGUUUGCGAACUGCACAUCACUACAUGCAGUGCGCCUCGCAAAAGUGAUUCAUUGUUAUGAAAUUAUCAACUUUACCCUGUAUAUCUAAAAAUGACCAUAUGCACUGAUAGUUUAAAGCAAAACUACCAAAACUAUUGCUGAUGGUAAACCUGAACUAUCUAAAUAAAAUCUAUUGUAAGCCCCGUUCAGCAUGUAUAGCCAGAUGAGAGUUGUGUCUCCGGUAGCUCACCUUUAUUCCGGUAAAACACAAUUUUCAACAGCGCAUAAAUAACAAUAACCUAGAGAAUUGCAUAGGUUGUCACUCAAAUAAUAAAGGCUAACCCAAGACAUUUUAUCAUGUGAAUGCUGAAGGUGCCACGCAGAUGUGCAAGAUCAGGAACAGGCCGCUUACCUCACGCGAAGCUGGGCACAGUGCCCAGUUUGACUAGGCUACUGAUAUUCCCUAGGGUUGUUUGGCAGGCAAAAUGACUUGUCGAUCAUUGACUGUCAACACAGUUACAUGCUUAGUUCGACACUGAAGAUGCCACAAAAGAUGAGGUAUUUUUCGGAAGGUAGAAAGAAAGUAAUAUGAGCAAAACAUGUUAGUGAAUCGGUGAUUCGUAACGUUUGAAUUGAUUUUAUGACCAAUGCAUGCUACAUUUGGAUCGGUUUGGGGUCCACAGACCGAUGCAGUCAUAUCUUAAACAUUUGAAUCAAGGACCGAUGCGUAUCGGUGAAUCGUUAUAUCCAUACUAUAUUUCCCUUGACGGAGUGAUGCUGAAUGUAAAAGAUUGCUCCAUUUAGCACUCAUAUACUAGAGCCGCAGUGUGUGUGUGUGUUUGUGGGUGGGUAUGUUAUGUGUGUGUGUGUGUGCUUGUGUGUAAGGGUUGGAUGUGUGGAGAGUCCUGUGCAAAUAGCCUCUAAAGUGCAGAUAGGCUCUAGGGUGCAAAUAGUAGCUAAGGUGCAGGUCUGUGCAGGGAGACAGCAAGGGUUAGCUGUUUAGCAGUCUGAUGGCCUAGUGGUAGAAGCUGUCUCGGAGCCUGUUGUUCCAAGGCACCGCUGUGUCUCGGCAAACUUAAUGAUGGUGUUGGAGUCCACGCAGUCAUGAGUGUACAGGGAGUACAGGAGGGGGCUGAGCACAAAUACCUGGGGGGCCCCCGUGUUGAAAGUCAGUGUGGGGGAGGUGUUGUUGCCUACGCUCACCGCCUGGGGUCUGCGUGUCAGGAAGUCCAGGAUCCAGUUGCAGAGAGAGGAGUUCAGACCCAGGGCCUUGAGCUUAGUGACGAGCUUGGAGGGGACUAUGGUGUUGAAAGCUGAACUGUAGUCGAUGAACCGCAUUCUCACAUAGGUAUUCCUCUUGUCCAGGUGGGAUCAAAGCACUUAAUGAUGAUAGAAGUGAGUGCUACAGGGCGAUAGUCAUUUAGGCAGGUUACCUUUGUUUGCUUGGAUACAGGGACAAUAGAGCUCGCCAGCUUGUAGUCAUAAAACCAGGAAAUGAGUUACUUCUGGUUCGUUCCGCCAUCCUUAUGGGGAAAAUGAAUGGGGAAAGAAUAGGGUUUUGGGAUAAACGCAGGAAAUAAGGUCUGAGGUUAACACAGGCUUAGGAGAUCGUAUACGUUUUGUUCUAUGAAAUAAUAUCAGUCAGUUAACAUGUAUUAAUUUUGUUAUUAUAUAAAUGCUUCAAAAUUCACAAAAAGUGCCGUUAGCUGAUGAAGAUUAUCUCAUUAUCUCAUAGAACAAAACAUAUAAGAUCUCCUAAGCCUGUGUUUACUACAGACCUUAUUUUCUGUGUUUAUCCAAAAACCUACGAAAACACCAUUCAUUUCCCCAUAGGUUUUGUCCAACGAACCAUGGUGGAGUUAGUGCCUACAAAAAGACAGCAUUACUAUUUCUCUCUAUGGUGGACAUCUUGAAGCAUGUGGGGAUCACAGACUGGGACAGGGGGACACAUAUAAACAAGCUUGAGCUCACAAACACGCUUGUGCAUACACACACAGACACAGACACACACAUCACAAACUGGUUUAGUCAGUUUUGUCUGUGUCUUUGUGGUUCUUUCUCAGUUUGCAGAGAAGUUUGCAGAGUUUAAAGAGGCAGCUCGGUUAGCCAAGGAGAAAUCCCAGGAGAAGAUGGAACUCACCAGCACCCCCUCUCAGGUAAUCCCAACAACACAUACACCUAAUCCUAACCCCAACCUCAGAAGGGGUAGUUUACCUACUUACUCACCUUGAUUAAAAAAAUCCUCACAUUUAAUGUAGUCUUUGGACUAGGAAGACUGCAAAACACCUGUUGUUUUUGUAUAACCCUUCCCUUACAUUAUUUUUUAAAACCAGAAAACAAUGGGAGUGAAUGGACCUCCAAGUGAUUUAAGUAUCAUAGGAAGUGAUUGGAAACACUACCCUGCAAAAGCGUAAAGUCCCUUGGAUGAGACAUUAAACUGAUUCCUAAUGGGAGUGUCCGUGGUCACUACUCCCAUGGCAAGAGUAGUGUGUUAACUCCAGUUUCCUGGCUAAACUCCCAACCUGGCCACCUAACCACCCCCAGCUUUCAAUUGGCUCAUUCAAUCCAUCUCUUCUCCUCUGCAACUCUUCCCCAGGUUGCUGCAGUAAAAAAGAAUGUGCUCCCAGUACUUCCCAAAGUACCUCCCAAAGUACCUGUAAGAAAGAAGGUAAAAUGGAAUCAAAAUCAUUGUCAUCUGACCCCAGUCUCAAUAACCCUCCUGCUUCGACUCCUACCCCAGUCCAGCGUUGACGUCUCCAACUACCACCCAACGCCAGGCUAACACACUCCAGCCCACCCCUUCAGGGUCUCCCCAGAAUGUUGCCACUGCUGUAUCUUAGAAAAAUUGAUGGAAAUUACAACUUUUUUAUCCACUAUACAGUAUGUACACUAUAUAUUUAACCCAGAAUUGAACAAGGUGAUGAAUGGCACUGUUCCACUCUUUGGGGAGAACCCUGCCCUCCAUCGUGGAUUAACAACUCCUCUCUCUCUCUCCCAUCCUAAUAUCAGAUUAACACCCAGAUUAAUUAACCCCUUCUCAGUAUCAGAUUAACUCUCCUAUCUCCCAAUGUCAGAUAUUUAUGCUCCCAUAAAGUGAUGUUUCUUUUUUCAAGUGAGAAAAUGACAGGCUCACUUAAAAACACAUAGGCCUACUCACUUGAGAAAAACUAAAACUCACUUGAAAAAACUAAAAAUUAAACAUCACUUUCUGUGGAGUAUAAAUCAUUUUGCAGGUAUUAUCUCCACAUUACAUCAGUAUUUUCUUUACCCAGCACCUGAGAGCAUACAAAAACUGUUUAUGGGUAUUUCUGUUCCUUUAACCUUCUUGUUUACAUCAUGUCAGGAGUCAGCCACUGGCGACCUGCAGUCACCUUUGACCCCGGAGAGCAUCAACGGCACUGAUGACGAGAGGGGCACCACCCCCGAAACGCCGCAGUACCUCCCUGAGCCCCGUGCCGAGCCUUCCCAGAACCAACUGCCCUUCUCUCACAGGUAAGACCCAGGCUCUAAAAGCAGGGGCAGGAGUAUGGUGCCAAGCCCAAAGAGAGUGCACCUUAGUGGGAAAGGCAUGGUCGGUCAGUGGGUGAAGGCUGAAGAAAUGAACACAUUCAGUUCUCUUUGGAAAUGUUAAGAUAAUACCAAUUAAAAAUAAAAAUAAACGGUCUUCCAAUUCCCUCAUUUAAAACUCCCUAAUUUUCCUCUGUUACAAGCUGAACAGACGCAGUACUCCACGGUGCUGAUGAACAUGAAGUUGAACAUGUAUAAUUUGUACAUUGCUGCUGGAAUGGUUUAGUAUUCUACCCAAGAGUCAAAUGAUAGCAUUGUUAUUCUUCAGGAAGACAAUUAUUAUGUUUUAUCAGAGAUGGAGUGUUGAUCUUGUGGUCUUGGUCUUAAGACCACUCAAGACUACAAAAAAGCAGUCUUGGUCUUGUCAUGGUCUAAAUACUCUGGAUCUUGGUCUCAGCUCAUGGUCACCGAAACAGUUCUGAAGUUUAUGCCUGUCUGCCUGUCUGCCUGCCUGUCUGUCUGCCUGUCUGUCUGUCUGUCUGUCUGUCUGUCUCCAGUUCGUCCAGUAUAAACAAGCACUGGGAGGCCGAGCUGGCAGCCCUGAAGGGCAACAAUGCCAAGCUGACAGCAGCUCUGCUGGAGUCCACAGCCAACGUCAAACAGUGGAAACAACAACUGGCUGCUUACCAGGAGGAGGCUGAGAGACUACAUAAACGCGUAAGACUGACUAACUUUAUAAAGGCGUAAUAGAGAGAGAAUACACAAAUUGGUAAGAUAAAUAAACUAUACAAACUAGUAAGAUAGGCUACACAAAUGGGUAAGACUGAGUUUACAAACGGGUAAGAGAGCAGACCUGGUUUCAAAUACAUGUGUAUUUGAUUAUCUGUUAUUUAAAUACUUAUUUUCUGUGUUUUUGAGUUUUUUCAAAUAAUGUGGCCCGAAUCAACUACUUCUAUUGGAACUUUUUGAAAGUAUUUUCAAAUACUUAUUUCAAAUACUAUUUUCAAAUACCUCAGUUAAAUGCAUGCAAGUGUUUUUGAGUCAGUGUAUUUGAGUAUUUUCAAAUACAUUCCAAUAUUGAACUACUUAUCUUUUCAAAUAAAAAAAUAUUGGAAUACUUACUUCGAAAUGUAUGUGAAAGUAAUUGAGAUAUUUGAAAUAGUAUUUGAACCCAGGUCUGUAAUAGAGAGAGGCUACACAAACGGAUCAGAAUGGUUACACAAAGAACACAGUAUGAUUACCCACACUGUGUAUGUCCUCAGGUGACAGAGCUGGAGUGUGUGAGUGGUCAGAUGACAGUCAUCAAAUCCCAGAAGACUGAGCUCAACCAGACAAUAGAAGAACUGGAGUCAGCAUUAAAGUCCAAGGAGGAGGUAAGGAGUGUGUGCGCGAAUGUGCGUGUGGCAUGUAAACUGCAUUUGUGAGGGAGAAAGCAUACAUGUGAGCCCUGUGUCUUUGAGCCACUCCAGUAUCCCUGCACAUUGUAAAUGUGGUACUGGCACUGACCCUGUAUAUAGCUUACAUUCUCCUGUUUUCUUUUCUUAUCUCUUAUUUCUUAUUUCUCCAACUAUUUUGAUAUUGAAUACUGCACUGUUGGGAGGGGCUUGCAAGGUAAGCAUUUCACUGUACUUGUGCAUGUGACAAAUAAAACGUGAAACUUGUAAAUGUAUUUUUUUCCUCCCUGCAGGAACUAGAGAGGCUGAAAGAGGAAGUGGAGAGUGCCAAUGAGUUCCAGACUCAGAAGGAAUCACUAACACAGACACUACAGGCGAGACUUAUGAAAAAUACUGUUCUUCACUGCACUGUACUGUUCUGCACACCGCACUGGGCCUUACAUACAUACCUUUUCUCUUUCAGUCAGUCAACUUCGGUACAACAUAAUAUGGGCAGUCGCACUCUCGUGACUUUGGUUGAAGGAUCUAAAAUCACACCUGACAAGGCCAAUGAAAUCUGCGCCUCGCUGGAAGCCCCGCCUUCCACAGGUGAUAAGUGUGAGGCUCAGAUUCAUUCCUUCAAUUAUUCCGCUCUUCACCUCGGUGUGAACAGGAACGAUUCACGCUACUAAAACAAACAUUUGGAACACAAGACUGUCUUACGUUGCACUAACUAAACUGUCCCUUAGCGGUAGAGCGUGCUCACCCCCUGGAUAGUGAUGGGAGAAAACAUGUAUACAGUUACAUAUCGGGAUAUUAUUUUUGAUGAUAUAUCGUAUCGUUUUGACAAUAUUGCAAUAUAGUUUUUGUGCUAGUUGGCUGUACCUACACAAAAACUUCAGCAUUUUUCCUUCAUAUCUUUUUUUCCAUCUUCUUUUUAAAUGGGAAACCAGUUUGUUUUAGCACUUUUAUUUCCAUGACUGAUCAAAAAACAAAUAUCAUGGCUCUCUCUUGUCCCUCUGCAGCAGACAUACAGUACCUUCAGAAAGUAUUCAUAGGCUUUGACUUGCACUGUAUUUUCAAGUAGAUUUAACUCAAAACUGCCACUCGGCCACCGAGGAACAUUCACCGUCUUCUUGGUAAGCAACUCCAAUGUUGAUUUGGCCAUGUGUUUUAGGUUAUUGUCCUGCUGAAAGGUGAAUUCAUCUCCCACUGUCUGGUGGAAAGCAGACUGAACCAGGUUUUCCUCUAUGAUUUUGCCUAUGCUUAGCUCCAUUCCGUUUCUUUAUGAUCCUGAAAAUCUCCCCAAUCCUUAACGAUUACAAGCAUACCCAUAACAUGAUUCAGCUACCACUAUGCUUGAAAAGAUGGAGAGUGGUACUCAGUAAUGUGUUGUAUUGGAUUUGCCCCAAACAGAACACUUUGUAUUCAGGAGAAAAAGGUAAAUUGCUUUGCCACAUUUUUUGCAGUAUUACUUUAGUGCCUUGUUGCAAACAGGAUACAUGUUUUGGAAUAUUUGUAUUAUGUACAGGCUUCCUUCUUUUCACUCUAUCAAUUAGGUUAGUAUUGUGGAGUAACUACAAUGUUGUUCAUUCAUCCUCAGUUUUCUCCUAUCACAGCCAUUCAACUCUAUAACUGUUUUAAAGUCACCAUUGGUCUCAUGGUGAAAUCCCUGAGCGGUUUCCUUCCUCUCAGCUGAGUUAGGAAGGACGCCUGUAUCUUUGUAUUGACUGGGUGUAUUGAUACACCAUCCAAAGUGUAAUUAAUAACUUCAAAGGGAUAUUCAAUGUCUUUUUUUUUUUUUUUUACCCAUCUAGCAAUAGAUGCCCUUCUUUGCGAGGCAUUGGAAAACCUCCCUGGUCUUUGUGGUGAAUCUGUGUUUGAAAUUCACUGCUCGACUGAGGGACCUUACAGAUAAUUUUGUGUGUGGGGUACAGAGAAAAAUCAUGUUAAACCACUAUUAUUGCACACAGAAUGAGUCCAUGCAACUUAUCAUGUAAUUGUUAAGCACAUUUCUACUCCUGAACUUAUUUAGGCUUGCAAUAACAAAAGGGGUUAAAUACUUAUUGACUCAAGACAUUUAAGCUUUUCAUUUUUAAUUAAUUUGUAAAAAUGUCUAAAAACAUAAUUCCACUUUUACAUUAUGGGGUAUUGUGUGUAGGCCAGUGACACAAAAUCUCAAUUUAAUCCAUUUUAAAUUCAGGCUGUAACACAACAAAAUGUGGAAAAAGUCAAGGGGUGUGAAUACUUUCUGAAGGCACUGUAUGGUGAGCAAUGUGUUUGGAUCAUUGAAAUCUCAAUAAAAUCACAAUAUCGAAUCCCAAUACAUAUAGAAUCGUGAGAAUCACAAUACAUAUCGUAUCGGCACCUAAGUAUCAUGAUAAUAUCGUAUCGUGAGGUCCCUGGCAAUUCCCUGCCCUACCCCUGGACGUUGUGUGCUGAAGUUUGUAUGGUUCUUAUAAGUGUCCUAAUCAUGAACAAUUAGUUAUUCUUCGGAUUGCUUGGCCUGGCUAAAGCAAUAAGUAAGAUGGCUAACGUGACUGAAACGACGAAGGCUGACAAGCUGGGUUCGGGUUCGAGACCAUGCCCCAAAUUAAUUAAAAGAUACUCACGUUUGUUGUCUUGUAUGUCUCGGCUCGGUGCACACUCUGGCUGCCCUCGUGCGAGACUAUGGGACGGUUGGCACUAUUCCCCUACAAGUCCGCGGCACAGGUUCUAUUGACAAUAGUGUAGCAUUCUUUAGGGGUCUUGGUGUUUCCGAUAGGGACUUCCUCUCCUGGGUGCCCAUACCUUGGCUGAGUCUGAGUUGCGGGACGUAGAGAUGGAUUUGGUCGAUAGUCGGGUCGAAUGGCUCCUGUGCGCUUUGUCGGCAGUUACGGGAGGCUACUCGAAGUGAGAGGGCGACCAGGUUGAUUAAGCACUGAUUGCCUCUUCCCAGAAGGGUCCAACCUCGGUGAUCCGGUUCUAUGUAGACUUUCGUGACCAGGUUAGCUAACGAGCGCUGCAUAGCAUGCUAGCCAGAUUAGCUAACUUGCUGAGAUGCGCUAGCUAUUCCGGCUUCCUAACGGUGGAAUUGCUUGGGUAGCUCUCUUGUUUAGUAUACAUAGUUAUUCUAAACGGAACCGUGCUGCAGUCAAAGAGGCUAGCUAGCCUAGCUUAGACUAGAAGCUUCAUGGCUAACUUCAGCUAGCAUGCAUGACUUCAGGUGAAUUAAGCUUACAAGCGUUCCCCCGGCGGUAUCGCAACCCCAUUCCUAUUUCCAAUUCCUGGAGUGGAGGAAGUGGGGCUUGUGGGCAUCUCUGAUGAGGAAGCAGCAUCCGAGCACUUUUAGUACAGGUCUGAGCAACCGGUAUGCCCCCCCACAAAACAUUACUAUGAAGUCAGUGCCCCCACGCUUGGUUACGGCCAAACGGGGUGCUACGUCAGCCGUUGCCUGAGCCCUCUGUGUCCAAAAGGGGCCGGGCUUCAUCCAGGCUAUUCAGUCUCACGGAAGCACAACUUAGUUUGGAAGCUUGUCCCUGUUUAACACAGAUUCAACCACAAAGACCAGGGAGGAUUUCCAAUGCCUCGCAAAGAAGGGCACCUAUUGGUAGAAAUUUAAAAAAGCAGACAUUGAAUAUCCCUUUGAGCAUUGUGAAGUUAUUAAUUACACUUUGGAUUGUGUAUCAAUACACCCAGUCAAUACAAAGAUACAGGCGUCCUUCUUAACUCAGUUGCCGGAGAGGAAGAAAACCGCUCAGGGAUUUCACCAUGAGGCCAAUAGUGACUUUAAAACAUUUACAGAGCUUAUUGGCUGUGAUAGGAGAAAACUGAGGAUGGAUCAACAACAUUGUAUUUACUCCACAAUACUAACCUAAUUGAUAGAGGGAAAAGAAGGAAGCCUGUACAGAAUAAAAAUAUUCUAAAACAUACAUCCUGUUUGCAACAAGGCACUAAAGUAAUAACUUUUUGUCUUGAAUACAAAGUGUUAUGUUUGGGGCAAAUCCAAUACAACACAUUACUGAGUACCACUCUCCAUAUUUUUAAGCAUAGUGGUGGCUGCAUCAUGUUAUGGGUAUGCUUGUAAUCGUUAAGGACUGGCAAAAUCCUAGAGGAAAACCUGGUUCAGUUUGCUUUCCACCAGACACUGGGAGAUGAAUAACCUAAAAAAACAAGACCAAAUUCAAACUGGAGUUGCUUACCAAGAGAAGAGUGAAUGUGGCCGAGUUACAGUUUUGACUUAAAUCUACUUGAAAAUCUAUGGCAAGACCUGAAAAUGGUUGGUUAGCAAUGAUCAACAACCAAUUUGACAGAGCUUGAAUAAUUUUGAAAAGAGUAAUGGACAAAUGUUGCACAAUCCAGGUGUGGGAAGCUCAUAGAAACGUACUAAGAAAGAUUCACAGCUGUAAUUGCUGCCAAAGGUUCUUCUACAAAGUAUCGACUCAGGGGUGUCAAUACUUAUGUAAAUGAGUGUCAAUAAAUUUGCAAACAUUUCGAAACACGUUUUAACUUUGUCAUUAUGGUGUAUUGUGUGUAUAUGGGUGAGAAGAAAAUAUAUUUAAUCCAUUUUUAAUUCUGGUUGUAACACAACAAAAUGUGGAAUAAGUCAAGCGUUAUUAAUACUUUCUGAAGGCACUGUAUAUCGACCUCCCCAGGGUGACAGUAAUAAGUUAGUGGAUUUACUCUCUGUCCACAAGGGGGCACACCUCCCCCAAAAGUGGCUCAUUGCUCACUAGUCCCUAUGAGGUGCUUAGUGAUACAGGUUAUGGGUUCUAUAAGUGGUUUCAUUCCUGGGAAUUAGAUUCAAUUACGAAUCGCCCCUGUCUGUUACCACAUAAGGGGCCCGUUUUUCAAAGCUGUCUGUCCCUUUUCCAGCUGAGUUACAAGGUGCUGUGGCACCGGUACCUAUGGCUGGUGGGUAUGAUAACCUUCAUGGUAGAGGUUUUCCUUGGUCUAUUUUUAAUGCGUGCGGUCCAGCGCUGGGUGCCAGCCGGUUACCGGCUAAACCGAGUCAGGCUUGUUGUGACAGAAGUACCCCCAAGAGGCGCCGCCAAUCGGGGUAUGUCACUGAUUGCCAGAGCCCGGGAACGCAGACUGGACCGGGCUACAUGCAAACCUUGACGCAAAAACACAGUUGUGUCAACCCAAAGUUCCACAGUGUUCACGGGUACCAAAAGUGUUGUGUCUCCAACAUGUGAGUUCAAUGAAAAGUGUCCCUUCUCCAUGUUCAGACACACGGUGGUCGAAACGGAAAAAUAACCAAUCUCUCACAGUCCACAAGAUGGCGUCCCGCCCCUUCAGAUGGCACUUGACGGGAGGCUCGCUGUCUGCUCCGACCAAUGGCGAGCAUGCACAGUGUUGCUCUGGAUCAUGCGAACAGUGAUGUCGGGUUAAAGGCUACAAUUUGUUGCGCGCACCCCACGCUUCUGCUGCAUCAUCGGGUCGACUGUUCCCAAGGCCUCAGUGGCCGUUUUGAGGGAGGCAAUAUCCUCCCCUCUCCAGAUGCAGGCCAAUCCGAGUGGUUUCAAUGUCGGAUCCAGGACGGCAGGUACAGACGGUAUUUCCUUUUUCCGAAAAGGGGUUGGGACUUCCCAGCUAACAACAAACGUUCCCACAACUUUAGAGAACGUUCCUUUAGGUUUCAUUAUGUCAUUAACUAACAUUUUCAUAGGAAUGUGUCUGUGAUGUGCAAGAAAUGUUUCCAAGAGACCAUUCCCUUAAUGUCCAAUAGAACUUACCCAGAACGUGGUUAUCAUGUUCUCAGAACUUAAGACAUGAAUGUUCUAGACACGUUCCAUGGAAACGUUGCUAGAACGUUGUGUCCAGUUUUCUGUGGGUUAGGAGAAUAUUCCAUCAAUGUCCCACCAAACAUACACAGAACAUGGUUGCCAUGUUCUCAGAACAUAAGCUAUUAAUGUUCUAGACACGUUGGAAUAUUCUCCUAACCCUCAGAAAACUUGACACAUGAAUGUUCUUGCAACGUUCCCAUGAAAUGUGUCUAGAACAUUAAUAUGUAAUGUUCUGAGAACAUGGCAAUCAUGUUCUGUGUAUACUGUUCACUGAAGGAGGGAAACGAGGUACAACACGUGUUUGGCCCCGCUCCGCCCGUUCCUGUGCAGUAUUCAAUUGACGGAAUGAAUCCGAGCCUGACACUUAUCACCUGUGGAAGGCGGGGCUUCCAGCAAGGUGCAGAUUUCAUUGGCCUUGUCAGGCGUGAUUUUUAGAUCCUUCAACCGAAGUCGCGAGAGUGCAACUCCCCAUAGUAUGUUGUACCUAAUUUCCCUCCUUCAGGGAACAGUAGUUAUAAUCAUAAUGUUAUGUUUUCACUGUAAUGAGUGGGUGUCAGUUUGUGUGUGUGUGUGUGUGUGUAUGAAUGUGUGUGUGCACAUGUUAACAUCUCCCCCCUCCCCCACUCCCAGGAGACGGAGGAGAGGAACCUGACGUUGGAGGCUCAGCUGGUGGAGUUGGAGCAGCGUCUGGAGGGCAGUCAGCUGGAGAGAGAGGCCUUCAGGAAGAGUCUGCGCACCCUGCUAGAGCUGCUGGACGGGAAGAUCUUUGAGCUGACAGAGCUCAGAGACAGCCUGGCUAGACUCAUCGAGGGCAGCAGCAGCUAG